AUGGUGCCUCUGUCUUCCAUCAAUGGCCCGACCUACGUGACGGCCCAAUUGCUCGUCCAGCAGGUCGCCUACAAGCUCUCGGACAAGAUCUUCUCCUACUCCCCAGACACCUUCGAUCUGGAUGUCGCCGUGCGCGAGUGGUCCCGUUCCGCCGAGCCCAACAUCCACGCCUCUACCACCGCUGUUCACCCAUUGCAGACCCGUGCCGGCGCCGGCGCCUUCGCCCUGGGCUACAUGUUUUCGAGCGACUUUGACCUGGCCCGCCGCCACAUCCCUCAGACCCUGUUGGCCCCUAGCCUGAGCCUGCGCAGCCUGCGCGGCGCCCUGGACCAGCUCAGCCUGCUGUACAGCGUCGCCAGCCCUUUUGUGGCUCACGUUGCCGCUGCCGAGUACGCCGACGAGCACGGCCUGGUUGCCGGCUACGGCGCCGCCCUGCAGCUCGCUGAGGACCUGGGGCUGGGCCUGGUCGGCAGCUCGUCCGCCUACGAGGCCCAGCACAUGGCCCUGCUGGCCACCCUGAUGGCCCACAUCCUGCCCAGCGUGCACAUCUACGACGGCAUCCGCACUUCGCGCGAGACCCUGCGCGUGAUUGAUGCCCUGGGCGAGGUUGGCAUCCGGGACGUCUACACCAACCUGUCCGCGCACGUCAAGGGCCUCAACAGCCACCUCGACACCGCAGGCAAGGUCCUCGCCCUGCUGGACGCCUUCAAUGGCGAGCUGGGCACCGACUACAAGCCCUUUGAAUACUUUGGCGACGAGGACGCCGAUACCGUGCUCGUUGUCUUCGGCAGCGUCGAGGCCCAGAUCGCCAACCAGGUGGUUUCCCAGCUCGCCGCAGAGGGCAAGAAGGUUGGCGCCAUCAGCGUACGCCUGUACCGGCCCUUCGUAGAGGAGGCCUUCCUUAGCCUCCUGCCGGCUUCCGUCCGCCAGAUCGCAGUCUUGGGCCAGGUUGCCAACGCGUCCGAGGUCGAUGACGCCGCUGUUCAGUCCAUCCUGCACUCCGAUGUCCUCACUGCCGUGUCCUUCUCCAGCAAGUGGGCGCAGGCUCCCGCCGUCACAGAUGUCAAGUAUGCCGCGUCCGAGUCCCUGACGCCCGCCAGCUUCCGCUCGGUCGUCCAGAAGCUCAUCAGCAAGGACGGAAGCCGCAGCAGCAGCCCUUCUGUCCUGCUGUCUGGCCAGGUGGAGCAGUACAGCUUCUGGGACGUGGACAACUCGGCCGCGGUUAAUUCGCCCGCUGUGGUCGGCAAGUUCUUCACACGCGAGUCAUCGAACAACGUUUAUGUGUAUGAGACGCAUGACAACUUGGUCCAGGGCGGCAUCAUUCGCACCGAUAUCCGCAGCUCCAAGAAGACCAUCGAGGCGCCCUACGCUGUGGACGCGGCUGACGUCGCGUACGUGGGCGAGGAGAAGCUUCUGCAGGAUGUGGACGUCGUGAAGGGCGUCAAGGACGGCGGAAGGCUGCUGCUGAGGCUGCCUGGUCUCAAGGACAACGAGGAGCUCGAGAAGCGCCUGUCUCCUGUGGUCAGGAAGGCCAUCCUGGAAAAAGCAGUACGCCUUUUUGUCCUCGACUCAUCCUACUCCCCGGCCCUGGAGAACAAUCUGGAGCUUCUGGUCGAGCUCGCCUUCCUGCGAGUCGCCAGGCCCGACGGCGCCGUCGAUGUGGCCAAGAACCUCUCUGCGCCGCGUGAGGGCACGAUCCAGGAAUGCCGCGACGUGCUCAACCAGUGCCUGCGCCAGGUCGAGGUGCCGGCAUCCUGGGCCGAGCUCCCAGCUGAUUUCACCACGCCCACGGCGCUGACCAGCACCAUCAAGACGAGCGCCUUCGUCGGCUUCGACAAGGAGGAGCCCGAGCAGGGCCUCCAGCUGAGCAGCUGGGCUUCGGCGGCCAAGGCGCUCGUCUUUAAGGAGGCGUAUGGCACGCAGUCGUCGCUCCGCCCAGACCUCUCGGUCAAGACAGCCACGGUGCACGUCAAGGAGAACCGCCGCCUGACGCCGCUCACCUAUGACCGCAACAUCUUCCACAUCGAGUUCGAUCUCGGUACGUCGGGCGUGACCUACAACAUCGGCGAGGCGCUGGGCGUGCACGCGGACAACGACCCGACGCAGGUCCUCCACUUCAUCACCUCGUACGGCCUCAACGCCGACGACCUUGUGCAGGUCCCCUCGCGCGAGGACCCGCUGGCCCUCGAGACCCGCACCGUGUACCAGGCGCUCGUGCAGAACAUCGACAUCCUGGGCAAGGUGCCCAAGCGGUUCUACGAGCAGCUGGCCGAGUUCGCGACGGACGAGCUGGAGCAGAAGAAGCUGGCGGCGCUGGGCGGCAAGGACGGCGCGGACGAGUUCAAGCGGCGGUCCGAGAUCGACAUGGACACGUACGCCGACGUGCUGGCCGAGUUCAGCUCGGCGCGGCCCUCGUUCCACGACCUCGUGCGGCUGGUGGCGCCCCUCAAGCGCCGCGAGUACUCGAUCGCGUCGGCACAGGCCGUCACACCCAACUCGGUGUCGCUGAUGAUUGUGGUCGUGGACUGGGUCGACAACAAGGGCCGCACGAGGAUGGGCCAGGCGACGCGGUACCUGUCCACGCUGCCCGUCGGCGCGGCGGUGACGGUGUCGGUCAAGCCAAGCGUGAUGAAGCUGCCUGCAAAGGACACGGCGCCCCUCAUCAUGGCCGGCCUGGGCACGGGCCUGGCGCCCUUCCGUGCCUUUGUGCAGUACCGCGCGAUGCAGAAGGCCCAGGGCAAGGAGAUUGGCGCCAUCCUGCUGUACAUGGGCUCGCGGCACCAGCGCGAGGAGUACCUGUACGGUGAGGAGUGGGAGGCCUACGUCGACGCCGGCGUCAUCACCCUGCUCGGAGCCGCCUUCAGCCGUGACCAGCCCCAGAAGAUUUAUAUCCAGGACCGCAUGCGCGAGAGCAUCAGCAGCAUCGUCGACGCCUACAUCAAGGAAGAGGGCAGCUUCUACCUGUGCGGGCCCACGUGGCCUGUUCCCGAUGUCACCGAGGUGCUGCAGGAGGCCAUCGCCGCCGAGGCAAAGGAUGCUGGCAAGAAGGUUGACCCGAGAAAGGAGAUCGAGAGGCUCAAGGAGGACGGGCGGUAUGUGCUCGAGGUUUACUAG